AUGGAUGUGGACGAUCAGGACACGGCACGAGCCUGUAAAAGGAUACGCCUGCAAUCCCCAGAGCCAGACGUUUAUGAGAAUUUCGGAGACAUUCUCUUGUCAGACUCUGAAUUGUUUCCUCAGCUCACGUGCGACAGCGGUUUCUCGGCCAGCAUCUUAGAGCCUACAAAAGAAAGUAAAGAUGAAUCUAGACUUGAGAUCGUAGGCGAAGCACUGGUCGCAGAGACAAUUCGCGAUGUCUGCCUCGGAAUGAUACCCUUGAAAGCCACAUCGUCAUUCUUUAAGAAUCGAAAAGAGUCAGAAGCUACAGUCAACCUGCGACAGUGUGGCGCUAUCUUGACGCUCUGUACGGCAGACACGGGUGCAUAUGCCGGCAUCGUCACGGAGGUGUUUCCGUUAGAGUUGCUCGACCGCCCUUCGGUAAAGCUAAGCGCUCUGUUAACUGCCCCAGCAGCUCUUCGCAUCAUAAUGUUCAGCCAUAUUGAAGAAGCAGCGGAGAUUGGAGCUCUCUUAUCUAAUAAUGACCUUUUCCUUCAACAUCCGUCACCUCGGGACAUCGAAUAUUUUGAGCUGGAGGCGGAAUACUUUAACCCGCAUUAUCUCGUUAUUCCAGGGUCUCGCAUGCCACAAAUGGAAGACCUUGCUAUCGAGUACAACGAUAGUACAUCAGAUCCGUCUCUUACCUUGGACGAGCAGAAGAAAGGACAGUUGAUGGGCGUUUUUGACACCGCAGCUGAUCUUUCUAUUCGACCGACGACCGAUCCAAGCCCACGGCUACAGACCAGCCUAAAAGACUAUCAACUCAAAGCUCUUACGGUGAUGAGCGAAAAGGAGUGUACCAACGUUGAAAGUCCCCAGAGUCCUUCGCUGUGGGUCGCACGCGAUGCAUUCACUGGGGGAGACAGAGAAUACCGCCACAGAAUAACGGGACAUAGGGUCGAUGUUCCGCCCGUUUGUGCCGGAGGAAUCCUUGCUGAUGAAAUGGGUCUCGGGAAAACCCUCUGCGUACUGUCCCUCAUUUGCUGGUCUCUGGACUUGUUGAGGGACACAGAAGCUCAAGGGAAUGGUUCUGAGCCUUCAACAACAUUGGUUGUCAUACCUAAGAGCAUGAUUCCUGGCUGGCAAGUCCAGAUCAAGAACCACAUUGUCCCGGGUCAGAUCCGUGGUGCCCUUUAUCAUGGUACUGGUAGACAAAGUCUUGCUAAGCAUUUUCGAAACAAUGAUAUUGUCUUGACAACAUAUCAGACCUUAAGGUCUGAGUGGGCUAACAAGGGUCCAUUGUUCACAGAGCAAUGGUUCCGCGUUGUUCUAGAUGAAGCCCAUCGUAUCGGUAACAGGUCAACUCAAGUAUUUCAGGCCGCAUGUGAGCUCCGGUCAUCGAGGCGCUGGUGUCUCACGGGAACUCCUAUUGUGAAUUCCAUCGAUAACUACGGAGCAUUACUAGCGUUCGUUCAGAUGGAGCCUCUCGUUGCAAAGGCCAGAUUCGAUCGUUGGAUAUCCAAUCCGAUUCGAGAUAAUGUACAAGAAGGCCUUCGACAGCUCCGGAUUCUAGUUGAAGCAACGUGUCUCCGUCGGACGAAAUCUAGCAUUUCACAAGCACUCCCUCCUCUGACAAUCCGCGAAGAAAAGGUUAGCUUGCAUCCAUAUGACCGCGCUCUUUACGAUUUCUUCGAAAGUGAAGCUGCCAAAAACGCUGCCGAUUCUUCUAACAACUAUCCCGACAACCCUUCAGAGACGGGUAGGGAAAAGAAGAAUGUUUUAUCUCUGAUCCACAAUCUUCGCCGAAUUUGCGAUCACGGAGAGGAUCUCUUAUCAGUUUCGGACACUGAAGCGUGGAGGAUGCGGAGAGGUCAAGGUCCAGAUUUGCAAACUAUACACUACAGUGGUACACAACAACUUGGAACGAAUUAUAGUGUGGAUUCAUACUGCAAAGCAUCGCCGUCUGCUAAGGUGCAAAGAUUGAUACACAAAAUUCGAUUAGAGCAAACGAACAACGUGGCAGGGUCGGCGACUCCACCGGUGAAAAGCGUGGUUUUCAGUUACUGGACUAAGAUGCUCGAUCUUGUUCAGAGCGCUCUUUUACAGGCUAGCUUCUUGUGCGAGAGAAUUGAUGGCCAGUACUCCAUCAAGCAAAGAGAGAAGGCGCUGUCUAGAUUUGCAAACGACCCUUGCUGUACUGUAAUGCUGGCCACUAUUGGGAGUGGCGGUGAAGGCAUUGAUCUAACCUCGGCUAAUAAUGUGCAUCUUGUGGAGCCUCAUUGGAACCCCAUGGCCGAAGAGCAAGCGAUCGCGCGUGUUCAUCGAAUCGGCCAGCAGCGGCACGUCACUGCCAUCAAGUAUAUCACUCCAGACUCGAUCGAGGAGAAGUAUGUUCAAAACAUUCAAGUUAAGAAAACACAGCUUAUUCAGGACACAUGGAGUGUCAAUAACGACUCUAGUGGGAAUGGUAUGGACAAUGAGACUUCAAGCAAGCUUGAGAAAUGGCUCGCUCAGAGAAGUGAGAUGUAA